ACUAUCUUGCUGGCUUGCUAGCGGCCGUCUCGAGUCCCUGUAGUAUAAGAGAUGUGUGAACAAUCAAUAUAAUAGGUGUGUAAAAGUGACUAUAGGGGUGUUAUUUCAUGUAUACGGGGCUCUAAUAAUGUUGAAACCCGUAUUUAGAAAGUCAUAAACAGGUUUUCUACGCUCUAAGUACUAAAAAUAUUCAAUUUAUUAACAUUGAUUCCCAAAGCGCGGAAAUUAAUUUUUACAGUCGGGUCUGUAACCAAUCAACUGCUAUAAACGAGGGACGGCUGUAUUUUUAGAAUGUGCCAAAGGCCAAGAAAAAAAACAGGUGCGUGCUGUAAAUGGUCCCCGGGUCACACUUGGGACACCCCUGGCAGAACAUAACAACAAUAUACUGUAAAUGUAAAUUGUUGAUCGCCUUGUCUGGACUGCUUUUGUGUGGGUGAACACUAGGGGUGUUGUGAUACAACUUUUUUAAAGCUUUGGGUAUGAUACCGAUAUUUCAGCCUUGAAUAUCAACCAAUAUCGAGCCGAUAUCAGCAGUUAUCAUCCACCCUUUUAUUGCUUAUUUUGUUGGGUGGAAUGUUGUUUUUUUUGCUGAUAUUGUCCGAUAUCAGCACUCCUAGGGGAUGCGCUACAACACAUACGUAUCAAGCUAGUUAUUUUAUUGGGCUGAAUGAAAAUUGACAACAUUCAACAAGUUGAAUCCGUAAUUGUGAAAAAUACAGAUAUUUUAUUGUACAAUCUCUUCUUUUAAAGCACAAGUGGUAGCAUAUGCUAGCCAGUGUUGGUGUUAUAGUUUUUGUGAUGCAUUUCUCACAUUGAGCAGUUGUGAUAUAUCCCUUUUUUCCCUUUGCACUUGCUUUGUGAUGGAUUAGGCAAGCACUGUGAAUUGUGUGUGUAGAUUGGAGCAAGCGAGGGAGGGAACGGGAAAGAGAGAGAGGGAGAGAGAAAGUGUUGAGUAAUCGCUUAGCAGCCGCUGCUCAGAGUCGCCCAGGCUGUCCUCCCGAGUGUGGCUCACUUUGCUCCCCGAGUGGCGGAGGCGCUGGGCCCUGUUGGACCAUGCUGGGUGUGAACUUUGACCCAAGACUAGCAUGAUACGCUGUGAUUCGGAUUAAGAAGGGACCCCUUUCCAGGGAACAACAGCAAACAACAGCACGUGCAGAAGUACCAUCAGUGCAUGGCUGGAGUCCUCGCCCCACCCUAUGGUGUGAUGGAGGCGGGUGCUGACAGAAUGUCGGACCGAGAGAACGCGAGCAACAUCUCGUUUGUGUCUCCUUCCAAACACCACAAUCAGAAGUCGUUGAUUGACAGUCCAGCCAAAGCUCACAACGCAUGGAUCUCCCAGGUGCCCUCUGAAAAGAUCCUGCAGGCGGGGAAGGUUCUCCGUAACGCCAUCCUCUCCACAGCCCCUCACAUGAUCCGAGAUAGAAAGUACCAUCUGAAGACAUACAGGCAGUGUUGUGUGGGAACAGAGUUGGUGGACUGGCAGAUGCAACAGAACUCUUGUGUGCAGUCUCGCUUACAAGCGGUGGGCAUGUGGCAGGCGCUGCUGGAGGAAGGUGUCCUCAACCACGUGGACCGGGAGCUGAGCUUCCAAGACAAGUACCUUUUCUACCGCUUCCUGGAUGAUGAUGAGGAGGGGGAGGAUGAGGGGGCGCCCUCGUUACUCAGGGAGGAGGAGAGCAAGGAGAGCCAAGAGGAGCUGCAGGACACCCUGAUGCUCCUCAUGCAGAUGGGGCCUGACGCCUACAUGAGGAUGAUCCUGAGGAAACACGCAGCCGAGAGAACAGAAGAAGAGUUGGAGAUCAUUUAUGAAGAGCUGCUUCACAUCAAGGCCUUAGCUCACCUCUCCACCACAGUCAAGCGAGAACUGAUGGGGGUGCUCAUAUUCGAAUCCCAUGCCAACGCGGGAACAGUGUUGUUCAGUCAAGGCGAGGAGGGGGCAUCGUGGUACAUUAUCCUAAAGGGCUCCGUCAACGUGGUCAUCUAUGGGAAAGGUGUUGUCUGCACAUUACACGAGGGGGACGACUUUGGGAAGCUGGCUCUCGUCAAUGACGCCCCCCGGGCGGCCUCCAUUGUCCUGAGAGAGGACAACUGUCACUUCCUGAGAGUAGACAAGGAGGACUUCAACAGGAUUUUAAGGGAUGUGGAGGCCAACACAGUGCGUCUUAAGGAGCACGGUCAGGAUGUCCUGGUUUUGGAGAAGAGCCUCAGCAGCAGCCGAGCAUCCAUCCAGGGAACUUCAUCCUCACAUCACAAGUACAAGGUAAUGUCGGGGACGCCAGAGAAGAUUCUGGAGCACCUGCUUGAGAUGAUGCGAAUGGAUUCUCAGUGUUCAGAGUCAGAUGCAUCUUUAAAUGACUUUGUGCUCAUGCACUGUGUCUUCAUGCCCAACGGUCAACUAUGUCCGGCGUUAAUGGCCCACUACCAUGCCCAGGCCUCGCAGGGCUCCGAGCAGGAGAAGCUGGACUACACGCUCAACAACAAGCGGCGUGUGAUUUGCCUGGUCAUGCAGUGGGUUGCCCUGCAUGGAGACCAUCUGCAGGAGGAUGACGUCUCAGUGGCCUUCCUGGAGGACUUUCUGAUGGCUGUAUCUAAUGAUGCUAAAGCACUUCCACCUCUACAUGAGCAGCUAAGUGAGCUGGAAAAACUUGUCAAGUACAACACUGACGAUGCUCCAACGUCACACAGAAAGCACAAAGUCUUACUGCGGCAGUUCAGCACGGGAGAUGACAAGCUGCACAAGUGUCAGCCUAUCAAGAGCGACGAUGAAAUACUGUUCAGAGUGUUUUGCUGUGACCACACCUACGUCACCAUCCGGGCCCCUGUGGCCGCCUCGGUCAGGGACGUCAUGGACGCCGUGGCCGACAAGCUGGGUUCAGCGGAGGAUCUUCUCCUGGUCAGUCUCAGCUCAGCUGGAGAUAAAGUCAUGUUCAAACCCACGGAUGUGUCAGUGUUCUCCACUCUCACCAUCAACGGACGUCUCUUUGCCUGCCGGAAGGAUCAGCUGGAUUCUCUGACCCCCGUGGCUGAGCAGGAGGGUCCGUCUACGGGCUCCAUGUCCAGUUUUGAGUGGAUGAGCUCCAAAGAUGUUGCGUACCAUUUGACUUCGUACGACUGGGAGCUUUUCAGCUGUGUACACGAGCUGGAACUCAUCUACCACAUCUUUGGGAGACAACACUUGAAGAAAAGCACGGUGAACCUGGACCUGUUCCUGAGGAGGUUCAAUGAAAUUCAGUUUUGGGUGAUCACGGAGGUCUGCCUGUGCCCUCAGCUCAGCAAACGUGUGCAGCUUCUCAAAAAGUUCAUAAAGAUUGCCUCCCACUGCAAGGACCACAGGAAUUUGAACGCCUGCUUCGCCAUCGUCAUGGGGCUGAGCAACCCGGCAGUGAGCAGGCUGAGUCAAUCCUGGGAGAAACUGCCCAGCAAAUUCAAGAAGUUCCAUGGAGAAUUUGAAAAUUUGAUGGAUCCGUCCAGGAACCAUCGAGCGUACAGAUUGACCGUUGCCAAGCUGGAGCCUCCCAUCAUCCCCUUCAUGCCGCUGUUGAUCAAAGACAUGACGUUCACUCACGAGGGAAACAAGACCUUUAUUGACAAUUUAGUCAAUUUUGAGAAAAUGCGGAUGAUAGCCAAUACAGUGAAGAUUGUCAGGUAUUGCAGGAGCCAGCCGUUCACAGGUCCGGAGUCUCCGCAGGCGAACAAGAACCACUCGGAGGUGCGGCGCUACGUGCGUCACUUUAGCGUGAUCGACAGCCAAAGGACGCUGACCCAGCUCUCUCACGGACUGGAACCUCGCAGAUCUUGAUAGGAGUCAGGGAAGGGCAUAGGAGACAGGAAGCUUCACUGCACUCCAACACAGACAAUCAUCUGGCGGAGGAACCUGUCACACAGAAUGAUGUGUCAGUAUGUUUCCACACAUUCAGGCGUUAAUGGCCGAAUGUAGCUUUACACCACAGUGAAGCUCUCUAUGGGACUUCAUUCGAUUAUUGUGGAUUUCAGAGGCCUAAAUAUGUCACGCUUUCCAUGUAUUAUUAUUUAUACACACGUGUCAGCUUGUUUUAUGUUGUAAAGUACACAUAUAUUAUAAUAUUCAAAUUAUAUUUAUUUUGCCAUUAGCAUGCAGAUACGCUUCUUUGACUUCUUAUUCUUCAACCUUUAAAUAUUUCAAAAGUCAUAUUACAAUCAUUGCUAUGAAUUAUUUCAGAUAUAAAAAGAAAACAAUUUCAACCAGUCAUGUGUUGCUUUUUCACUACCGAC